AUGUACAUAGCGUUAAUUCUGCUUCUGUCUUACAAUGGACUUGUUUCUUCUAAAAUUCAUCAUCUGACCCUACGGGGUGACGCUCGACGAAAUAUUAUUUUAACAAGUUUUGGCUACGCGGAAGGUGGAACUUUUGACCUAGUUUUGAUCAACUUUACUGUUCCGGAGACAAUUCUCGAUAAAGUCGACUCAAGAGAGAAUGCGGAUAAGUCUGGCGUCAUCGGUUUUUCUUUGUCUCGCGGCAAUUCUAUUGCAUCCGGAGUAGGGUCGAACCCACACGUUUGUCAACUUCAGCAAACGGAUCAAGGAUUUGACGCUCUCUUUUUCUUCGCAGACUUACCUCAGAAUCGACUUCGAGUGUUCCGAUCUGGAGCAGGGAAACAAAUCCACCUUUGUCCUUCCCAUGAGGAAUGCGCUAAGGAUGCAGUUGGGGAAGAAGUAUCGCCUGCAGCAGAGCAACAGAUAGUCGCUCCAGGAAUACCAACAGUACGAUCUCGUCGUGAUGGUGAGGGCUGGUUAGAUAAAUUCAAGCGCAUUUUUUCUGGCACUGAUUCCGGAAAACCUUAUGAAGAUUUUGUCCCUUUGGUGAAAAAAGAUUUGCUUUAUUCUACGAAUAUUUCUAUCCGUUUCCCCUACGCGCUACGUGGGAAGUAUCAUUUUAUUUAUCACAACUGCUUCAAUUAUAGAGCUCAUGGUUACAGUGACCGCGUUGCCGUAGAUUUUACGGUAUGGAUCGUAGAGCGAAAUGUUGGCUCUUUUCUUUCCGCUGGUGAUAUUCCCAAACCGCAAUUGUUUCUCUACGUUUCUUUAGCAUUCGUAUUGUCAGCGGCUCUUUGGUGCAGACUACUUUGCUUGUCCAGCCACGCCAAUGUGUAUCGUGUCCAUGGUCUGAUGACAGCCUUAGUACUCCUGAAAGCUGCUUCUUUGUUCUUCCAUGGAGUCAACUUCUUCUUUGUUAGCAAGUAUGGUCAACAAAGUGAAAUAUGGGCCGUCGUCUACUAUAUAACCCAUUUGCUAAAGGGCGCUCUUCUUUUCGGAACAAUCAUUCUUAUUGGAACUGGAUACACAUUUUUCAAGAACUUUCUUACUGAACGAGAUCGGAAAGUAUUCAUGGUGGUGUUGCCACUACAGAUUGUGGAUAACAUCGCGAUGGUUAUACUGGAAGAAAGUGAGUUUGGCCAGCAAGGAUAUCAGCUUUGGUUUGAAAUGUUCGUGUUUAUCGACAUGAUUUGUUGCUUCCUCAUCAUAUUUCCCAUUAUUUGGUCCAUGCAUCAUUUAUCUGAGGGUGCAAGAAGUGACGGAAAAGCUGCCUUCAAUCUCGAGAAACUUCGCCUUUUCCGCCACUUUUAUAUUAUUGUGAUUUCGUACGUCUAUCUAACAAGAGUCAUCAAAUUACUUCUGCAAUAUGCUCUUCCAUUCGAUCAAGAGUGGGUUACUGACGCUAUUGUUGAGCUGUCUACACUUGUGUUUUUCAUUCUCGUUGGAAUCUUGUUCCGGCCACAGCCGGCGAACCCGUAUCUCAAGCUAAACCAGGACAUCGAUGAGGCAGAGGAUAUUUCGCUGACUCAAAAUGGACUCCUUGAAGGUGUUGUCAAUCGUGGCUCGUCGAAUGCUUUGAUUGCUCCGGAGAGUACUGCUGUUGAUAUGGAUUGCCCCACUUUGUCCAUCGAAGACAAUGCGAAUGCAUCUCAACGCCUACAAAAUCUCGCCCCAUCUGACUGCGGCUUCUCCUCUGUUGACCGAUUGAUGCAGGAUAUUACGCUCAAUGAGACUACCGACGGAGAACACAGUAGUGUCCGGUCAUCGGAAGAUGGUGCUAGUGGAUCUCCAGGCGGUGACGAUCGUGAACGACUUCGUCUUCUGCAAAAGAUCGACCUGGCAAGGGAGCGUCUUAAGGCUACCAGCCUCGAAAGAGAACGUGAUGUGGAAGAAUUCUUAAUGAUGACUCAUGGAUCCGAGUGUCAAAAAGGUGCCGACAAUCCACAGAUGGCCCGCCUCAAACAACAUUUCGAGAAGAAGAAUAAGCGACACACAAGUGAACUGGAACACCUUCAAAGGAAACUAGCGAACUACGAGCAACGUUUGGCAGAAAUCGAGAAUGGCAUAGGAGAAUCUGGUAGCCGAGCUACUGUCAUUUCUACUGUCGGGCAAGGUAUCAGGCGAACUGGUGCAAACCUGAAAGGAAUGACAGAGACCGUAAUUUCUGCACCAUUAGAAUUAGCACAACGGCUUAAGAGUACUUUCGGAUCAGCAGAUAACGUGAAUGAGCCUGGAGAAGGAAUAACUUCCGAUUUGCGUAUAGGCCAUUCAAAGUUUUAUGCUAGCUCUGAUUACGGCAGUCCCAGUCAAGCCACAACAACCAGAUAUUCGUCCAGGAAAUCUGAUUCGCUUCCUGCCCAUGCCUCUCUAUUGAAAACAUCCACACCUAUUAGAUGUAGAGCUACUGGUAGCGAUACAUCAGCUUUGGUGGAUGAUUCGGAGUUAGGAAAAGGAGAUGGAACAGAACAUACUAACGACUCUUUACUGCUGUCACCGUUCGCUAUCUCCGCUGAGACGCCAGAAAUGGGUCCCCAACUUCUUGAAGAUCUUAGGGGUUUACGUUACCUUAUGACAAAAAUGGGUGAUCAAAUCAAUCGAAUUGAGUCUCGAUUGGAUUCGGAGCUGGCUUAUAUGGGUCGUGCACUUGAAGAAGAACGUGGAAAAUAUAUGAGGCUGGAAACUACCAUGAAUGAAACAAUCGAGUUGCAUCAGGCUGAGUUUCAGGCGCUGAAGCAGGAACAGAAAGGCAUUGCUAACAGACUCGAUUAUCAAUACAACGACCGCUUCAAACGAGUGGAAGAAAGUGUAGAAUCUGUGCAGAAUCACAUGGUUCGUAUGGAGAAUUCCAUAAAAGACACAUUGGACAUUCGUCUAUCGGGGCCAGCAUGGGGAAAUGCAGUGUUUCUUUCUAGUGCAAACAUUGUGGUAGAGUUCCUGAAGAUAAUAUUGUACCUGGUUGCGACUGUUCUCGAUCUUUUUCUACCAUAUUUUGGGUCAAGGAACAAAGCGGGUGUAUUUAUUUGCUGUGUUAUUGCUGUGGUCGUAGUUUGGCAGAACCUCCAUGCGUAUCAAUUUAUUGUCGAGCUUUUUAUGAGGACAAAUCAUUCCAUUUCUACCAGAUCCGCUGUAAAUGAGACAUGA